AUGUAUGCAACAGUAACAGGAUGGUCAGUUUUAUUUGGUGCAGCUACUGCUCUAGAUACACUUGCUUCUCAAGCUUACACAUCUGGAAAUCCUAAAAUGGUAGGUGUGUUUUUACAACGCGGAUUAGCAAUCAUACUAUUGGGUUUUAUCCCAAUUGCUGUGUCCUGGUGGGAGGCAGAACGAAUACUGGUCUUUUUGGGCCAAGAUCAUGAAAUUGCUCGACUGUCUGCCUUAUUCACAAGAUAUUUAUUGAUUGGUGCUCCUGCUUUAUUGUCUUUCGAAGCUUUAAAAAAAUAUUUACAAGCUCAAGGAAUUAUGAAGGCCAGCACAUAUGUUUUAAUAAUAUGUUCUCCAAUAAAUAUAAUAUUGAACUAUGCUUUAGUUUGGUAUCCACCUGUAUCACUUGGAUUUAUUGGUGCUCCUUUUGCAACCUCAAUAACCUAUUGGCUGAUGCUAAUUCUGAUAAUAAUCUACAUCAAAUAUUUUAAUGGUUAUCAAGUAUGGGGUGGUUGGACUUACAUGGCUUUUCAUGAUUGGUUACCUUUUCUUAAAUUGGCUUUGCCUGGUGUCAUAAUGGUUUGUGCUGAAUGGUGGGCAUUUGAAUUAGCAGCUCUUGCUGCAGGUUAUCUUGGUAGUAUUGCUUUGGCAGCUCAAAGUAUAGUUUUAACAACUGCCUGUCUAUUUUAUCAAAUUCCAUUUGGUAUUGCUGUUUCUAGUUCAAAUCGUGUUGGUAACUUAUUAGGUGCUGGUUUAGGUAGUAGAGCAAGACUUGCAUCAAAUGUCUCUUUAGUAUUGGCUGUUCUUGUUUCUAUGUUUAAUUCUAUUAUCUUGUUACUUCUAAAAGAUUCAUGGGGAUAUCUAUUUACAGAAGAUAAAGAAGUUAUAGAUUUAGUUAGUUCAAUAUUACCAUUAUGUGCCUGUUUCCAAAUUUCAGAUGCAAUUUCUGCUGUUGGUGGUGGAAUUCUUCGUGGCCAAGGCCGUCAAAAAAUAGGUGCCACCUCCAUUCAAAGUAACGCAUAUGGGUCAAAUUUUUGUUGUAACACGAAUAGUUUAAAGGCCCCAAUUUCAAAAUAUAUUAAUAUGUAA